ACUCCGCUAUCACGAGAGGAUCAUCAUGCCUUCGAAUCUGCCAAAUCUACGUCGACUCUUUGUCGACGCGCGUAGCGAAGCCGAAGAGAGCGCGUACUCCAGAAAGGCUUUCUACAACAUCGCCAUUUUCAUUUCUUCCGUUGCUGUGUUUAGUCUGAUGGCUCAGCGUAUGACUUCUGCAAAGGCCAUUGCUUCGUAAAAAAAGAAUGCGCUGUGUGAAUGGCUGUUUACCAAAGUGCACAUGAUUCUAUCUGCCAUGGAGUGAUGGCGGUCGGUCCUUUGGAGUACAAGAACUUGAAUUAAUCAAUUCCUUAAACUCCAAUUCUAUAAUAGAUGCGUGUGGGCUGACGUGAUUUAUUCCAUUUCUCAAUACAUAGGAUGCAUGCUAGAACACACAUGGGCAGCUAUAUGUCAUGUUGUCCAAUAGUCAAUGAGCAAAAACCAACAGUUUGU